AUGACGGACAGAAGGAGACUCAAUGGACCUUUGGGUGGAAGUUCUGCGCCAAUAUAUUCCAAAUACAUACAAAAAGAUGCUGCGUCGCAAACCGAGAGGCCGUCAAGGGUCAGACAACCCAACGUUCUCAGGAAAAUGUUCUUGAAGACUGGUGUCACUCCCUCAGCUUCAGGCUCUGCAUAUCUCGAGCUGGAAGCUUCCAAAGCCCCAAAUUCUAGAGCUCCAGGCCUAGCAUCUCUCUCAACAUCCGGGUUGAAGCUCACAUGUACCGUUCAUGGUCCGCGCCCACUUCCCAAGAAUGCUCCCUUCUCGCCCCAUAUCAUCCUCUCAACACACGUGAAAUAUGCUCCGUUCGCUACAAGGAAGAGAAGAGGCUACCUUCGAGAUUCGAGCGAGAGAGAUUUGGGUGUACAUCUGGAAACUGCACUGAGAGGUGUGAUCAUUGGAGACCGAUGGCCAAAGAGUGGAGUGGAAGUCAUAAUAACUAUUUUGGAGGGUGAGGAAGACCAGUGGUGGGGCGAUGACCGAGGUGGACCCAUCACAGCUGGAGACUGGGGCAUGAUGAGCGUAUUGAGCGGCUGCAUUACGGUUGCUUCAGCUGCUAUUGCAGAUGCGGGUAUUGAUUGCGUGGAUGUGGUUUCUGGUGGAGUUGCAGCUGUGGUCAAGAGCAGUCAAGGGAAGCAAACAACCAUGGUACUGGAUCCCGUACCAUCGGAGCAUCAAGAGAUACUUGCAGCCUGCAUAGUCGCAUAUCUGCCUACCCGAGACGAAAUUACAGACCUGUGGGUGAAAGGAGAUAUUGGACAUGGAGAUCGGUCAAACAUUGCUCAAAGCGCAUCCUAUGAAGAGCUGGCCGAUAAUGCCGUGCAAGCUGCAUUGGGAUCGCACAGGGUUCUUGUUGCUGCUUUGAAAGAGACCGCCAAAAUGAAGCUGGAUAGACAAUGA